CGUACUACGGUAAACGCAUGAUAGUUGCCCGCUGUGCUACCUAAGUAACGAUAGUUACAUUAUUAUGCUUUUUUAUUUAAUUACGUAAAUAAAGUGCGUAUUGAUUACCCACGUUUUGAUUACAACUAGUCAUGAAAUAAGAGCUGCAAGUGAACGAUUUACUGUAAAUCUGUGUAAUCGCGACCAGCAUUCACUCAGUGACCGUGAACUUUGUUAUAUUUCUUGUCUUUGGGCAAUGUCCACCUUAGGCUUGUUGAGGAACAGUAGAAGAGUGUUAACUGGAUUGUGUGGAAGACCCAACACGUUUUUUGGAAUUAAUCUUGUGUCAGUGCGUUCUAUUAUCGAUCUGUCUUAUUCCACGCACUUCAUGGAUUUUAAAGGUUCUUCAAUCCCUAGCUCGAUGAAAAAGCUAGUCGUUACAAAGCUUAGCCAACAUUUCAGAGAUGCUGUUACGUUGCAAACUGUCCCUGUCCCGACCCCAGGUGACAGCGAUUUGCUAAUCAGAAAUCGAUAUGUGGGAAUUAAUGCCUCAGAUAUUAACUACUCAGCAGGACGGUAUGACCCCACGGUGAAGCCACCCUUUGACGCAGGCUUUGAGGGCAUCGGUGAAGUUGUAGGUCUGGGCCUCAGCGCCAGCUCUCGCUACACUGUCGGUGACAAGGUCGCCUAUUUCGGGGAUGGGGCUUUUGCAGAGUACACGGUGGUGCCCGUCAAAAAGGCGCUCCCCGUGCCGGCCGUGAAGCCGGAGUACCUGACCCUCCUCGUGAGCGGGGCCACCGCUCACGUUGCCCUGCAGCGACUGGGUGACCUUGCGAAGGGAGAGACCGUGCUGGUGACGGCCGCAGCCGGCGGCACCGGGCAGUUUGCCGUGCAGUUCGCCAAAAUGGCCGGCUGCCACGUGGUGGGAACCUGCUCCUCAGAUGAGAAGGCCGGCUUCCUCAAGACCAUCGGCUGCGACCGGCCGAUCAACUACAAAUCCGAGGACCUAGCGGCGACUCUACGCAAAGAGUACCCGCGCGGUAUAGACGUGGUGUACGAAUCCGUCGGCGGCAGCACCUUUGACUCGGCCGUCAAUAACUUGGCCGUCAAGGGCAGACUGAUAGUGAUUGGGUUUAUUUCGGGGUAUCAAACAGCAACGGGCCUUACGCCGGUGAAGGCGGGUACCCUGCCCGCCAAACUCCUGCAGAAGUCGGCCAGCGUGAGGGGUUUCUUCCUGCCUCACUUCACGGCAGACUACAGGGAAUCUCUGAGGAGCAUGAUGCAGCUGUUUGCCGAGGGGAGGCUGGUGUGCGAAGUGGACGCUGGAGAUAUCGAUCCCGAGGGCAGGUUUGUGGGGUUGGAGUCCGUGUACCGGGCCGUGGACUACAUGUACGCCGGGAAGAACGUGGGCAAAGUGGUAGUGGAGGUGGCUCCGCAUGUCGACAGUAAACUGUAACUGAGCAGAUGCCAUGACAGCCAAGGACACAGUGGUGUCAGUGUGGCGUUGUGGAGAGGGGACAUCGUUCAUCAGUGCGUAUCGUAAUGGGAACCUCCCGUUGACAGUGGUCAUCAGGACACGAAAGCAAAAGGCCCCAUAAACAUUACAUGACAGAUGGCUAGGAGAACAAGCGGAGACAGGAGGAGAGAAAGCAAAAGAGAGAGGUACAGAGAGGGGGAGGGCGAUGUGACAGAAGAGCGCAUAUACAUAAAUGUGAGGAAAGUGAAGGAUGAAAGUUUUAGUAAUGUAAAUAUAUGGGAGUGACAGUCACUAUGCAAAACAGGCUUAGUUUUGAGGGUCUAAACAUACGACACAGGGACAUAUGUAUUUGCUGUGCGGGUGGUAAGCCAUGUUUUAUCGCUGUUCCAUAAACAUAACAUUGUACAUCUUCUAUUUAAAUGAGCAGUGUACUAUUUUAGAUAGAUUGUAGAGAGUGUACCAAAAAUAACGACAGCCAAAAUGCACUUGACUCGGCAUAAUAACAGCUUUCUUUUUUCCUCCUAAAAUCAUUAACUUAAUGAUAGCUUUCGUUCCGAGUUGUUACAGCUGAGGAUUUGGACGUGAAUGAGC